UUAUAUGGAAAUGGUGUUCUGACUUUGGGGACUACUGAGGCUUCAUCAGAACAGUUGUAGGUCCCCUGCCAGGUGCCCAGAGCUGCCCCGAUUCCAGCAACCAGCAAACCCUGCAGCCCAGGGACCCUGGGUGGGAAGCCAGGUGACGAGGACAAAACAGAGUCAGGUUGGACAAGGAAUGACCACAGGAGAGUGCAGUGAGCAGAGGAUCUAAAGGGUUGUGGGGGCAGGAGGGUUGCUAGAAGCAAGGAGAAUAAAUUUUUAAUCUGAGAAGUGUGUUACGCAGAGACUGCCCCAAGGAAAAGAGCAGAAACUCAUCCAGUAGUGAAAAGGCCAUGGUGGUGCUGUUGUGUGGGGUCCUGCACCCCGUGAUCUCUGCAGGCUGCCCUGUCUGGGUGGGCAGGAAUUCAUGAAGCUAACAGCCAAAGCCUCUUUGGGAUGGGGCAGCUGGGGGCCUCUGCUUGUUCAGCUCUAAUUUUUCAGGGUUUGGAGAAAAAAGAAGCAAGAUCUGUGUGUGUACAAUAUUUAUAGGAUAUCUGGGUAGCUGGAUGGAGUCAUUUGAGGACUUGUGUGUGUAAGAGGUUUAAGGCAGCAUUGGCUGGUGUCUUACAUCUGAACUUGAGCUGGUCAUAAUCUGUUGCUGCUUGGGUUUGUUCCCCAUAAUAAAAGAGCUGACUUACCAGUACCGUGAUGUUGCAAGCUUCCCCUUAUGGCACUGAGUCCUUCUGUGCAGGGCUGCUGUUAGCAGCUCACUGUGAGAUGGGCCUGGGUGCAGCGUGGUCCCUGGGGCAGCAGCACUGCAGCUUUCUAGGAGCCCUGAAACUUUUCUGCCGUGGAGCCUUAAUUCAGGUGGCAUCCUGGGAACAGCUGGAGAUGGGGGCAGCACAGACCUUGGUUUGGGAGCAGGAGGUGCUGCUCUCACUGCUGUGGUGCAGGAUGGAGGCUUGAGCUCAGCCCCUGAGCCUGAUGUGUCUUUCUGUCACCAGACUUUGGCUUCCCAGUGUGUCGGCCACAGUCAUGCACGAGGACAGUGGCGAUUUCAGAGGUCUCAAAAGCAUUUUAAAGUAUAAUAUCGUGGCUUUGAUUGGCUUUGUUCAGUGGCAUUUUAUAACGGAGCUGGCGAGGAGCGAGCCCCCCUUGCAGCACCCGCAGCCACCCCUUCCAAAGGACCUGGAAAACCAAACCAACGCCGCCGUAUCGGUCCAGCUCUCCCCAGAGGGGCAGGACGAGGUGUGCAGUGCUGGCUGCAGGCUGGCAGCCCGACCUGUUGCUGCACGCUGUGUGCGCGGGGCGGAACAGAUGUGCGGUGCCGCGUGCCGGCCGUGCUGCAGCACCAGGUGCAGCCAUUGUUCCCAUCGGGGCCAUUCACUGCUCUCGGCGGCUGCGCCCCGCGCGCUCCCGCAUUGUUUCCCAUGGAAAUUAGCAUUAAAAACCCAUCCGAAACCCCCAUGUCCCUCAACUGCAGGUGACUGUUAUUGGCCCCAGCUGCCACCCUCGUGCUUGAUUACUUCCAUAUGGGGUUGUGGCAAGAAGUAGGAUCCACUCAUUGAUUUUUUUUUUUUCCUUUUUUUUUAUUUUUUAUUCCCCCCACCCCACACGCACACUUCAGCACUCCCAAAGAACAAUGCCCUGAAAUCUAUUAAGUCCCCAAUGGGCUCUGCAUCCCAGCCACCAUCACCGCCACGAUGACCAUUUUACAAGCAGAGCUAAUUACGCCCUCUCCUGCCUCCUUCCUUUCCUCACCCCCACCCCAUAAAUGUAAAAUAGCCAGAGGGCAGUUGGCAGUAAAUUAAAUCUUUGCGGUGUCCUGAGAGGAGGUUCCUUGCUCGCAGGAAGGAGUGUGCUGCUCUUUGGAUGUUUGUUGGGGUUUUUAUUGUUAACCCGAAAAUUGGGAAAGUCGUCUUUCUGGCACACUGUUGUGCCACUGCUGUUAAGCAGACAAGCAGAGCAGGAUGGGUUGUGGGGGAAAAAGAACACAAAAAAGAAACAGGUUGGUGGUUAAUUCAUUUCUGGAGAGGAGCUGGAGGAAAACUGUGCAAAUAGAAGUUGCAGAGUGCUGGGAACUGGAUGGCCUUCUCCCAGCAUGGUUCAUAAGAGGGCAGCAGGCUGCAGCCAAACCCCAACUCUCUCCUGGGUUUGUCACCAGCAGAGCAGCACAGAGCACUGUGGGGCUGUCUCUCUCACUGCCAUCUUCCAAUUCAGGGACAGAUCUGCUCCUGUGGAGCAACUGCUGCAAGGGGCAGGAUGGGAGCUCAUCCCAAGAAGCAGCCCAUGAACCCUGAGCUGCUAUGGGACAGGCAGGGAUGGGUGAGCACAGCUGGAUCUGUGGUGUUGGAGCCAUCAGGUACAGCAUCCCUCCUGCUCUUCUGCCCUAAUGACACAGGUGGCCCAGUCUAGUGACUCUGGAGGGAGGCUGGGCUGUGCACUUGUAUGGAGUGCACACAAGUGCUAAUGGAUUUCCCAUAGGAUGCGUUUCUGGCCUCCCAGGAGUUUGCAGAGCUGCAAUGGAUGGGGUUUGUGCUGGGGGCUGCUGGACCAGCAGCUCAUUGAAGCGAUGAUGUAUUCCCAUAGGUUUGUGCCCAGCAGGAGUCUGUACCAGCCUUGGUUCUAAAAAAUCCCUGGAUGCUGAGAGCUGUGAAUUGUCCAAAUUGGAGCAAAAAGGACGUCCUAUUUUACUUCUCCACUUUUUUUUUUUUUCUUCCCAGAUUACACCAGUCCUUAGAAGUGGCAGAAUGCUGUUGGGAUGCUUGCGAUGCUCAUGCCUCAGACUUGCUUUCUGUCCCAUGUCAGAGAAGGGAAAGCUCAUUUCCCUCAUCUGCUCGCUGGAAGAUGUGCUAAGAACAGAGAAAUCCUUUUAGUUCUGCUAACCCAGCAAUGAGGGGCAAGGCUGUAGGUUGGGCACUUCUGUAGCUCCUGCCUGCAGGUGAGGGCUUGGCAGGACAGCUGGAGCAGGGCAGCAUCCUCAUGCGGUAUGCUGAGCAAUUCUCCUCAGACUUGUUUUAAACCCUUCAAAGUCAAAUCUCAAACUUCGGGGGUUUCUUCUCCCUAAUUAAAUUAGCAGGCCAUAUGGUGUUUACUGUGAGCGCCUGCAAUAUGGAAGGAGCUGCCUCCUGGAUCACUUUCUUUUUCAGAAGCUGCUGCUUUACCUGAUGUCGCUGCUCUGAAAUGUUCUUUUCAGCAGCAGGCAGGAGGGGUCACUUCAGCCCUCUGCACUGUCAGUGUCACCUUUGGAGCAGGAGUUGAGCUGAGCCAGGACCUUCCUUGCUCCUGCAGACCCCUUUGUGUUCUCCCCAUGUCCAUGCUGCUCAUGGCAGUGUGCAGGAUGUGCUGGGUUUUGUGCAUUUUCCCAUGCAGGUGACAAUUGCUUUAAUAAUCUUGGAGCUGAGGAGAGUGGAAAGCAACUCGAGGUUAGGGGGAGGCUGAUAUUGCUCUAGCAAGGAUUACAGCUACUUACUGAGGCUACCGUUGCUGUCUCAGAAAUAAAUAAAACUGGAAGUUUUGGAGUUCUGCUCUUUGUUAAUGGGGUAUUUAAAAGUGGUGUCUUUGCUUGUGAUGCUUUUAUUUGUGAAAACUGGAGGAGGAAAUAAAGACUGGGAGGAAGUCAGUCUGCUGUUGUUAGUCUGUUAUUGGACCUUUGUGUUCAGGUGAGGAGCAGAGCAGGGUAGGAGUCUCCAAACCUCCAGGGGGAAGAAGGAAUGAAAUCUCAGAGCUUGCUGCCUGUGUUCAGCUGCUCCAUUAGUAGGGAUUUGGUAAGCAUCAUUCCUGCGUGCAAGUAGACUUUGCCAUGAGCACAUCCUGCUGUGCUGGAUGUUAACCUUUCUCUGCAGUCUUACUGAUGGAUCGCUCCUGCAGGCUUGUUGUUAGCUGGGGCUGGAUUAUCCUUCAGCUUCAGCCAUGCUCUGGGUACCUGAGCCCCCCAAACAGAGCCGUGUGUGCCUGCUGAGAGCUGCCAUGUUAGCAUAUCCCUGCAACAUGUGCUCCAAGGGUGCUUCUUUUGCAGAAGAGCCUCUCUAAAGAUAGCAUCUCCAAGUUCUGUGUUGUCAACCAGGGACACUUGAUCUAAAAAACAACAUUUGAUACACAGACAAGGUUUGCAAGUGCCAUCUGGAUGCUGGGAGCUGAGCUAGGUUGUCUCUGUUCUGCAUAAACUCACAGGAGGGGAAAAAAAAAAGUCUGUGCAGGCAGAUGGAUUCCUCAAAUCACCUGAGCAGGGCGGUUUGUUCCCUGUGCCCUCAGUGACACCACGCACUGCUGUGAGCCCAGCCUGCUGCUGUGUGUCCCUGGGUGCUGGCACAGUCCUGGAGCUCAGUGGUGGUCCCCCAGUUGCAGGGAGAAACCCAGCAGCAGUCUAAAUUGUUUUGGGCCAGUGAGACUGUGGUCUGUUUUGGAUAGGUGGAAAUAAUCUGUUCUCCCGCUGCAAGGCAGAACCUGGCAAUGAUGAGGGCCCUGCAGAAGUGGCUGUAUUUUUCAGGAGCGAGCAUGCAGGGCACACAGAUAUCCUUGGCUUGAGCUCUGCAUGCUCAGAACUCCGCCAGCACUGAGCACUGCAGCAGGAACCCAGAGAACACCAAGCACAGCCCAGUAUGGCCUGCGUUCCAAGGCCCAGCUCAGCUCACACGGGUUAUAAAGCAUGUCUUCCUUCAGGGCCUGUUUCUUGACUUUCCAGGUAUCCCCUCAGAUGUGAAUCUCAUUUGCCUAAUGGGCUGGUGAGUGUAAUUGGAAGGCAGGUGCACUUACACGUGGUGAGAAGUCUCACCUGUGCCCAGGCACAGAUGGGGCUCUGCCUGCUGUAUCGUUAGAGGACAUUUAUAGGCUCUGUGUCACAGCCUUCCCUGUGGCUGAGGAAGGAAGGAAAACAGCAGUUUAAAAUGAACGUGGGGAUUUGCUGGAGGGUUUUUGCUUGUUGGUUUGUGAGGAGGAGCUGCUCAGUCCCAGCCUGCAGUGCUGGUGGCCGUGCUUCUCAUCUAACCAGCAGCACUGCGAUGCAGGGAGCCCAGGUCUGCUCCGUGCUGGCUGUUGUCUAGAUUGCUUUGUGAUGAUGGGAACCAGGUCACUGAGCAGCAGGGCUAGGGAGAGGGAGAAAGGGAAGAGGGAUGCAAUCCUAAACCAUGAUUUUGAAGCUCCUAACUUAAGCUGUCCUCUUGUACACCUUUAAUAAUAAGGCAGAAAAUCCUUAAAUCUUUGCUUACUGGAUGACUUUAAGUUUGUGAUGGGUUUGAAUCUAUCUUCUUUAUUUGAAAUGAGAAUUUUUCCUCCUCUAAUCCCUUUCAGGCUGUUCCCCUUUACCUUCUGUUGGAUUCACUUCCCAGGUGCUCCGAGCUGACCCUGCCAUAUGGGGGUGUACAUUUCUGUAGGUGUCUGUACGUGCCUCUUUGUUCAGGCGGAGGAGAACAGGGCUGAGAACUCCACGGCGUACGGAAGAGGCGCAUAUGGAAAAGAUGGUGAUGGAAAAUUGUGCUGUUGUGAAGGUGCCAUCUGAUCUCAGGGAUGCUCGGGUAAAACGUGAGGCUGGGGAGGGGUGUUCCUCCUGAUCAGGACUCGUGUUUGCCUCUUGCCCUUCCCUCACUGGGAUCUCAGGAACACAGACCCCGCAGCCCUGCCCUUUGCAGCCCCUGCAGUGUGGGGCUGGGGCUGCGGGGGUCCUGGGUUCCCCUCCUUGUUCAGUCUGCACUUGGAAGGGCAGCUGUGAACCUCCAGCUUUGAUUUCUAAAGCCCUGCUGGCCGUGAGCGAGGUCUUGUGGCAUGCUGGAAGUCAGAGGGGCUUUCCCUAGCAGUUUACAACCAGGAGCAGCAGGCUGGGCACGGGGAUUUCCUACACAGGCACAGCACCCCAAGCAGCUUGUGUUGUGCUGACACAUGGGCCAGCUGCUGCUUUGCUCCAUCCCUUGCGAUGGGGACACGUGUCGUGGUGCUUUGGCCCUGAUCUGGUUCACACGAAGCAGCACGUCUGCAGGUGUUGGAGGUUAAAACACACCAGGAAGAGCAGCGGGCUCUGCUUGAGGCUCUCCUCCAAGGGAGCCCCCCGUGUGGCUGCUCCUCAGCUGGUGAGGACAGGGCUGGUGAGGAGCCGUAAGGCAGCGGGCUGCACUGACCUAGAAACAGCGGCUUUGUCAACAUCUGCUGCGUUCUGUGCAGAACUGGCUGGUGGAAAAUCGCCUCCUCUUCCACAACUUGAUUUUUUUCUUCCCAAACCAGGAGCUGGGGAACUGAACACCAGGUAGGGGAGAGGAGGGGUCGGCAGCCUGCGAGCUCAGGACAGACCGGUUGGGGUUUAUUUCUGCUGCCAGCAACAAACAGACGGCUGUGCAGAGGCUGCGGGGCUGGGCAGAAAGCUGCCUGUGGGACACACGGGCUGUGGGUGCUCAGCAGCAGCAUCUCAUCAUUCUCUGCUUCAAAGCCCCUUUAAAUCAGUUGGUGCGCUUCUGUUGACCGUUAGGAGCUGCGGAGAGCCCCUCGCAGCUAAUUAGCAAUAAGAGGGUGCCAGUUAAACACAGCUCCUUGGGCUGUGCUGGCAUUUUCCCAUGGCAGAGGAGGGCACCGAGAUGGGGCUGGGCUGAUGUGUUCCAUCUGGAGGGCAGGAGCUGUGGAGCAGGCCAAGCUGUGCGUAAAGGGGAGUCUUAAAGCCUCCGUGAAAGUAGAAAACACUAACAGAAGUUAGAGGUUGCUGCAGCUUGUUUUUGCCUUUUGGGUCAGCGUUUCCAGUUGCUGGUGAGAAGAGGGUGCCAGUGAUGCCCGGCUCGCCCGUGGAAGUGAAGAUACAGACCAGGUCCUCUCCUCCCAAUAUGCCACCACUGCCCCCCGUCAACCCUGGCGGCCCUCGGCCCGUCUCCUUCACCCCAGCUGCACUGCCCAAUGGGAUGAACCAUUCCCCACCGACGCUCAAUGGGGCACCAUCCCCACCCCAGCGCUUUGGCAACGGCCCGGCCUCCUCCUCCUCUUCCUCACUGACCAACCAGCAGCUCCCGGCCACGUGCGGCGCACGGCAGCUCAGCAAGCUGAAACGUUUCCUCACCACCCUGCAGCAGUUUGGCAAUGACAUCUCUCCGGAGAUCGGGGAGAAGGUGCGGACCCUGGUCCUGGCCCUGGUGAACUCAACAGUGACGAUUGAGGAAUUUCACUGCAAGUUGCAAGAGGCGACCAACUUCCCCCUGCGGCCCUUUGUGAUCCCCUUCCUGAAGGCCAACCUCCCUCUGCUCCAGAGAGAGCUGCUGCACUGCGCCCGGGCUGCCAAGCAGACACCAUCCCAGUACCUGGCGCAGCAUGAGCACAUCCUUCUCAACACCACCUCCUCCCCAGCCGACUCUUCAGAGCUGCUCAUCGAGGUCAAUGGGAACAGCAAGAGGCACAGCCCUGACAGAAGGGAUGACAACAGCUUUGAGAGAGAGCCGCUGCCGACGGAGCCGCCUGCCAAGCGUGUGUGCACCAUCAGCCCCGCGCCCCGGCACAGCCCAGCACUCAGCAUCCCAAUGCUGAACCCUGGUGGGCAGUUCCACCCCACCCCACCACCCCUCCAGCACUACACCUUGGAAGACAUCGCCACCUCCCAUCUGUACAGAGACCCUGGCAAGAUGCUGGAGCACAGGGAGAUCCGGGACAGGCACGGCGGGCUCGGUUUGAAUGGAGGUUACCAGGACGAGUUGGUGGACCACCGCCUGACUGAGAGGGAGUGGGCUGACGAGUGGAAGCACCUCGAUCAUGCGCUGAACUGCAUCAUGGAGAUGGUGGAGAAGACCCGGCGCUCCAUGGCUGUGCUGCGGCGCUGCCAGGAGGCUGACCGUGAGGAGCUCAACUACUGGAAGAGGCGGUGCAGUGAGGCUGAGCCACGCAAGGCUGGGGGAGAGCUGGGCACAGCCAGGCACAGCCCCGGCAGCUCCGAUUCCAUCGGCAGUGAUUCACUGCGGGAGUUCAGCAGCAGGUCGGGGCCGGGCUACGUCACCGAGGAGAUAUGGAAGAAAGCAGAAGAAGCCGUGAACGAGGUGAAGCGCCAGGCCAUGUCGGAGGUGCAGAAGGCUGUGGCAGAGGCAGAGCAGAAGGCGUUUGAGAUGAUCGCCUCCGAGAGGGCGCGCAUGGAGCAAACCAUCGCCGAUGCCAAGCGCCAGGCCACCGAGGAUGCUUUCCUGGUGAUCAAUGAGCAGGAGGAGUCCACAGAGAGCUGCUGGAACUGCGGCCGCAAGGCCAGUGAGACGUGCAGCGGCUGCAACAUCGCGCGCUACUGCGGCUCCUUCUGCCAGCACAAGGACUGGGAGCGGCACCACCGCAUCUGCGGGCAGAGCCUGCAUGGCCACAGCAAGGGGCUGGCACUGCCUGCAGGGCGCUCAGCCAAGGGCAUGGACGGCGUGCCCAGCCCCAGCAUGGAGAAGAGCUCGGCAGCCACCUCCCGCUCCUCCACGCCCGCGUCUGUGACAGCGAUAGACACGAACGGACUCUAAAGGGGAAGUUUGGGUUCAGCCCGUUUCAUUCAUUGUCCUGGUGGUGUUUUGGUUUUUGAAGUCGGAAAAUAAAACCCACAGGAACUCGGAUCAGUUGA